GUAAAAACAACUCACACAGCUGGUUCCUCGGCGGACGAUCGAUCUUCGGACACAGGUAUAUUCUGUUUCAUACCACGGUUGGGGGAAAACAAGAGAUUGCUAUUCUUGUCACAUACGAUGGAUAAUGCCAAACUUGUAUAUACAUUCUUGGCAGUACUAGGUACAGCGCAAAUAUUUAAGGGAAUUAUUAAAGCGGACUUCGAUCUUUCUACACUUCAUGCAAUAUCAGAGGUUAGAUUGCCGGAUGAAGUAGUGCCCCUGAACUAUGAACUUUAUAUUGAACCCAAAAUAGAAAACCAAUAUUUUAGUGGAAUAGUGAAAAUAUCAUUAAAAUGGAUAACAGAUUCAAAAAAGGUCCAUUUCCAUGCAUAUGCAAACUUAUUGAUAGACCUAAAAAAAAUCUAUCUGAGCAGAUUAAAUGUGGAAAACAGCAGGACAACUAUCGAAACCCUUACAAUUUUAAGGGGCGGUCGACUUCCUCGAAAGGAUGUAUUUGUUUUGUACCUUAAAGAUUACGUGAAAAUGGAUUCUGAAUGUCUUCUAGAAAUUUCUUUUGAGGGAAAUAUUUUAGAAGCUGAGGAAGGACUCUUUAAAAGUUAUUAUACCAAUUCGACCAAUAAUGGCCAAGAGGUAUAUUUUGCUACUAACCUGAAACCAACCUAUGCUCGUCGAGUGUUUCCAUGCUUUGAUGAACCAGGAAUAAAGGUUCCUUUCAAUGUAUCAAUUGCCAGGCCUAAAGAAUAUAUUACACUUUUUAAUACUCGACUGCAUCGUACCAUUCCGCAGUAAGUACAAUUUUU